AUGGAAGAGAAUCCGAACGAAGAAAAAGAAACCAUCCGAGUGACCUCCAGCUGCUGGUUAAGCAAGAGAAAGAUAAGCAACCUGAACAGGAACAAGCAUCAACAAAAGGACGGUUCCCCUGGGGGGAUCGAAAUAAAAGUCCCCAAUUUUAAUAUAUGUUUGACCUCCCUAAGUUUGCCUAUUAUAAAGUUAAAGAAUGACUUGGACCGCAUCAGCGAAAAUAAGCAGAUAAAACGGUUGAGGGAGAACAGGGGGGGUCAGACGGGAUGUGCGAAUGGCUCUUUUAACAAGAGGGCAGACGCAUCCGAGGGGACGUGCGUCACGCUGGAAAGGUGCGUAACACGGCAGGGACGCCUCACGAAUGAUGAUGAAGUAUGCUCCAUGCUACUUCGGAGCAAGGCCUUCAACGAGACUUGGAGAGUUCUGAACAGCUACAUGAACUGCUUUGUUUACAACUCCGUUAACGAAAUGGUCGAUAGGGAAAUAAACUUCCUCAAUAAGAAUUUGUGCCUCCGGGAUGACAAGGUGUCCCUUCUCAUCGUGAAGACGCAGACUUGCCCCUUCGUGAAUCUGCUGCAGUACCGGGCGCUCUCUCAGAAGCUGAAGGAGGUGAAUGGGUGCGCGGAAGGGGUGGCGCCGGAUGAGCGAAGGGACCGCGGAAGGGCGGCGCGUGUGGGGGGUGAAGGCGAGAAAGAGGCGCACGUAAAUGAUGAAGGCGAGAAAGAGGCGCACGUAGGUGAUGAAGGCGAGAAUGAGGCGCGCGUAGCUGCGGAAGAAGCGGCUGCCUCCCCGCGAGACAACACAAACACGUUCACAUACAAAACGUUUGACAACAGAGUGCUGACGUACACGCUGCUGAGGAGGCGGAGGCACAUCGCGUCCUGCAUCGUCAACGUAUACACACACGACAGCGUAGAAAGCAUACUCAUAAGAAUUAUAAAAAAAAUAAACCGCAGGUGUUUCAUGAAAAUUGACAAAAAUAAUAUGAACGAAUUAUUUCAAAAAAUGGAAAUUAAUUCAAUAAACAUAAGUGUUAUCAUUACAAAUAAUUGUAUCCUGUCCGCAUUAAGCAACUUGGAUUAUUUCGUAAAAAAAAAUAGUACACGGGCGAAGAACGUGCAAGAUCCUUGUCCAGAAGGUGGAGAAAAAUACACCAAAAAGUUUAGCACCUUUAAGGGGGAGAUGUCCAACUAUUUGAACCAACUUCACGUGGGGGACCUUCGCCAGAAAUUUGUGUUGCUUCUCUACGCGAGCAAUUUUUAUGAGGCGCACAUUGCCCAUUUGAAGGCUAAGGGGAGGCACCAUACGCUCUACCUCAUGAGUGAGGUGUGCGCGGGUGGGGAGGGGAGCCAUACUGCUGAAGUGACCACCAUCUGUGAAGACCCGGACGGGGGAAAAACAAACCUACCAAAUGAGCAAAAUGGCCCCCCUCUCAUGGAGAAAAGGCAACGACAAGAAGAACCCACCACAGACAAGGGAAAAAACAAAAGAGCACUACUCACGGAGGAGGAAAAUAAUCACAUCGGAGAUAAACCUCAUCAGACAAGCAAAGAACUUUCCAAAAAGAGGAAAAUAAAAAAUGACUUCUUUUACAAUUGCAUAAGGUAUCUCAAUUUUGCGAAAAGUGAACAGGGAGAGAACCACCAAGGUGAGGAAUCCAGUGGGGGGAGGCGUGUCAUGGGAAGCAGUCACGAGAAGGAAGGCACUGUACAGAAUGAAGUGCCCCCUAUGUGGAACCACCCAAAUGAAAAAAGUGAUUUUCCAAACAGAGCGGAAGGUGAAAGCACCUAUCCAGGACACCCAAGUGAUGAAAAAAAUUCCAUAUACGAAAUAAUCGAACUGAUGCACAAGGACUCCAUAAAGAGGAGACUCAAGUCGAGUGACCAUUUGCGAAGCUGUUACUUUCAAAAUUAUGUUUCGCAUAAUAACUUGGCGGAAUGCCUGUCUCCCAUGAAUAGAAUAGUGAACAAAGAUUUCGUAGAUGAUUGUAACUGCGUAAAACUGUAUGUCAUAAAUAACCUCACGGAGCAUAUGAAAGAGGAGCACAAUUUCAACAGCCUUGAGGUGCUCAAGAAGGAGUGGAAAAAUAAUGAGUACUGGAAAAUUCAGCAGUACGAAAAUGUGCUAGCGAAAAUGGAAAAAAAAAUUCAGAAUGGUAAGGGGAAAGGGAGUAAAAAAAGGGCGCCCCUGGGGAAAGGCAAAAGGAACGGCGAAAGGGGCGGCGAACAUGGAGAAGUCCACCCCCAAGUGGCCCUUCUCUACCUGCACAAAUGUCUUGCAAAAUCGAUCAGCAAAAGAAUGAUCGCACUUUUGUAUAAAAAAAAAAAAUACAACAUAUGUCUUUCCAUUAUCAACACGAUUUUAAAAAACAUCCCCAUGUACUCCUCCAUGAGAAAAAGAGUUCACAUUUUGAAGGAGCUAUUUAAAAAGUACGAACAGAAAUUUUUCAUAUACAACGUGAAAGACCUCACCAAGGCAAAUGAAGAAAUUGAAAAAGAAUUUAAACAAAUGGUAAGUACCGUAUGUGAUAUUUUAUUAAAUCUGUACAUGAGCAAAAUUAAUGUGUUAAAAAAAAUCCUACAUGAUAUUUCGAAUUUUUUGGAAAGCGUCAAGUAUGUUAUUAAAUUGGAAAAAUACAUAACUGAGAAGGACUUUUCUGGAUUGAAUUUAGAAACGUUUAUAAAAAAUUGAAUGGGGACUACCUUGAGGUCUGACGGUGCGUAUGGAAUGGAGGGGAAAGCCAACCAACACAGCGGUAUCACCACUGUAGAAAAUGGAAGCCAAAGUGGUCACACACAAAACCCUGGCAGCUGCUCGGGAACGAAAAAUGCAGCCCACUGCUCGGGAACGAAGAUCCUUUUGGAUAGCUUCUCCCAGAGCGAGCUUGAAAAUAACAAAGUGGCGAACCUACUGAACACAAUGAGCGACUCGGACAUGGACCUGACUCUGCUGGAAUUUGUUUUCAUAUUUUUUGUCGAACUUUUGUACUUCCUCAUGAUGCCAUGUGUAUAUCUACUCCCCUUGGAUUUACUGAACAAAAAUUUGCGAAUGAAGCUGCUGCACGUUCUUUAUCACAACAAAAUAGAAUUAAAGGAUUUGAACAGCCCCAGCUGCACUGCCUCAUCAAAGUUCACCCCCUAUAAUGAGGCAAACAAUUGUGUACAUGAAAAAAGGGAGAGGGGUGGGGACUCUCAAUUUUUGGCAGACCAGCUAGCCAAGAAAAAUGCCAAAGGGGAUAUCUUCCUCCCUGGCCAUGUGUUGCAAAACGGGAGCCAAAUGGAAGACAUGGUGAUUAUAUUUCACAUUGUGCAGAAUUUGAACGCGAGGCACCUGAACGUGUGCAGCAUGUUUAUUGAGUAUGUCAAUGUGAAGCUGAGCUUGGGCGGGGAAGGAGGAGAUGGAGAAAAAGACGGGGGUGACGAAGGUGGCGGGACAGGCGGAACGGGCGGCGGUAACAUCGGAGGGGGCGGAAGGAGCGGAAGAGCGCGUGACCUGAGUAGCGUCAUUCAAGGCAACCCCCGUCUGGGCAGAACACCUCCGCACGACGCGACCAACCUCCACUGCGAAUCUUUCCAAGAAUUGUUCUACAAUUUCGUCAUUGCGACCAUGUCCCUUUUUUAUUAUUUGAAAAUAAUUCACAUCCCAUCCACCUUUGUGAAGGGAAAAGACGAAGCACAGGUGCCUCCAUCAUUCAGUUGCAAAGAGAGGGGCUCCGUUAGCGGCGACAAAGAGAAUCACAUGAUUCGUGCGGAUGGAAAUGGAGACUCACCAAAUGCACAACGUGGUCAGAAGGGUGCGAACGUGUUGAGCACGUCGGGGGGUGGACGACUCGAUGGUUUGGAGGAGGGGACCCAAUCAACCAGCGAUGAGGAGAUAGCCACACACCCCAUGGCACACGUAAACGGGGAAGCCGACCAAAAAUAUAAAAAUUAUAUACUGGACAUGUUGGGGAGCAUCAACAUACGGAGGUUGAUAUUUGGGCGGGGGUACACCGCCUGA